AUGGACGCCGAGAUCAGAACCGUGCUACCCAACAUCGACCCGGUACUCUCUGAGUACUCGGUCGGUUACUUGACUCACGCCUCGACCAUAUACUCCGACGAGGAGGACCAAUCCGGCCCUUCACCCAUUGCGGAGGCUGCUGCUACUGUCACCGAGUUGCUGCUCUCUGCCUCUGGAAAGCCGGACGCCAAGCUUCAGGAAAAGAUUGAGAAGCUCGUCGAGAAAUGGGUUGAGAAGUACACUGAAGCUAAUGGCGGUCUUCGAAGUGGUCCUUCUGCUGUGAGGCGACUUGACGAGACCUUCCAGGUCAGCUCUCAGCGAAACAUGUCUUCCACCCUGGCCGUUUCCACUGGAGCUGUCGAUCUCGAGUCCGCAAACGCUCGCAAGGUCGAGUCCAAGGUUGACCGCAAGAAGCUGGAGAAGGCCGAGCGCAAGAUUGCCGCCAAGCAGCAGAAGAAGACUUUCAAGACGGUCGAGUACGAGGCUUCCAGGUUGCUCGACGAGCCGGAGUCUACUCAGUCCUACGAAGAGUUUUACAUGGCAGUUAACCCGCUGCAAAUCGGCGGUUCUGGCGCCAACAAGACCAAGGACAUCAAGUUGGACAACAUCGAUGUGUCCAUCGGCGGUCAGCGCAUUGUCACUGAUACCGACUUGACUUUGUCCUACGGUCACAGAUACGGUCUCGUUGGUCACAACGGUGUGGGUAAAUCUACGCUUCUACGUGCUCUGUCUCGCAGAGAACUGCCCAUUCCGCCUCACAUCACCAUUCUCCAUGUCGAACAGGAGCUUACUGGAGACGAUACCCCCGCAAUUCAAGCCGUGCUCGACGCCGACGUAUGGCGCAAGGUCCUUCUUAAAGAACAGGCUGAAAUCACACAAAAGCUGGCAGACAUCGAGAGUCAACGAACCGGCUUGGCUGAUACCUCGGCCGACGCUGCCAGACUCGACAAAGAAAGAGAAGCCCAGGACAACCGCCUCGGUGACAUCCAGGGCAAGCUGGCUGAGAUGGAGUCUGACAAAGCCGAAUCAAGAGCCGCAAGUAUUUUGGCCGGUCUCGGUUUCUCGGCCGAACGCCAGCAAUAUCCCACCAAGACCUUUUCCGGUGGUUGGCGUAUGCGUCUGGCUCUUGCUAGAGCGCUGUUUUGCGAGCCCGACUUGCUACUUCUUGAUGAACCGUCCAACAUGUUGGACGUUCCCUCAAUUGCCUUCCUUUCGAACUACCUCCAAGGAUAUCCCAGUACCGUUUUGGUGGUUUCUCACGACAGAGCCUUCCUCAAUGAAAUCGCGACAGACAUCAUUCACCAGCACUCUCAGCGCCUCGAUUACUACCGCGGAGCCAACUUCGAGUCCUUCUACGCCACACGUGAAGAGCGCAAGAAGACAGCCAAGAGAGAGUACGAGAACCAGAUGGCGCAGCGAGCCCAUCUUCAGGCCUUCAUCGACAAGUUCAGAUACAACGCAGCCAAGUCUUCGGAAGCUCAGUCGCGUAUCAAGAAACUCGAGAAGAUGCCGAUACUCGAACCGCCCGAGACCGAAUACAGCGUGCACUUCAAGUUCCCCGAUGUCGAGAAGAUGACGCCUCCCAUCAUCCAGAUGACUGGCGUGACGUUUGGUUACAACAAGGACAACAUCUUGUUGCGCAACGUUGACCUUGACGUGCAGCUGGAUUCUCGAAUCGGAAUUGUCGGACCCAACGGUGCGGGUAAAACAACUGUCCUUAAGCUGUUGAUCGGAAAGCUGUCGCCUACUUCUGGUCUGAUUUCGCAGAACCCCCGUCUGCGCGUUGGUUUCUUUGCCCAACAUCACGUUGAUGCCUUGGACCUGACCAUGAGCGCCGUUGGGUUCAUGGCUAAGGAAUACCCGGGUAGGACAGAUGAGGAGUACCGCAGACAACUUGGUGCCUUUGGCAUUACGGGUACAACAGGCCUGCAGAAGAUGGCGGUGCUUUCUGGAGGUCAAAAGUCGCGUGUUGCCUUUGCAUGCCUUGCCCUUACCAACCCCCACAUCUUGGUUCUUGACGAGCCUUCCAACCAUCUCGAUAUUGAGGCGAUGGAUGCGCUUGCUUCUGCUCUGAAGGAAUUCCAGGGCGGUGUCCUCAUGGUUUCUCACGAUGUCACCAUGUUGCAGACGGUGUGCACCUCUCUCUGGGUGUGCGACGGAGGCACGGUUGAGAAGUUCCCUGGCGAUGUCCAGGCCUACAAGAAGAGAAUCGCAUCUCAGGCCGACGCGGCUGGUGUUGUCAAGGCUCACUAG